AGAAUAAGAAUUAAGGCAUUGAUAUAAGUCGCUAAAUGAAUUAGACGAUGUCUCACAAACGCAGUCAUGCAGAGGAGGUGGAAGAUGAAGUUUUAUUAUUGGCAAAACGGUCUAGAGCUUCGACAUCACCGGUCCUAUCAGGGAUAGAGAAGAAAUGUGUUCCACGAUCUUGUUCUAAGAAGGAUAGCCAUGACAAUGGACAUGACAACGAGAACGACAAAGAGCAAGAAGACGAAGAUUAUACAUCUUCCUCCGGCACAUCCUCCUCCUCCUCCGAGGAAGACGAGUCCGAAGACGAAGAAGAAAAAAAUCACAACGAUACCAACAAAGAAAACAUAUCCUAUAUCCCAGGCCGGCCCAAACCCCAAAUCAUGCGACCGCCAUCCCUACUACAAAAUUCAGAUCUAUUAUCCAGAAUAUCAUCCUUUUUACCGCAACUACAGGCUGCAAACGCGGAUAUUGAGCAGAGACUUGCCAGUGGAGAGACGCUGGAUGAUAUGAUUCUUGACAAUGUCAAGGAUGAUGAGGAUGGUGGAGGGAGAGAGUAUAUUGAGAUGAAUUUGGGAUUGGGUGUGCUCAAGGAAAAGAGGAAGAAACGGCGGGUUAGUAUCGAUUUAGGUGGUGAAAGUACAUCAGACAGUAGCGCUGGUGAAGAGGAGGAAUCGUCGAAAGAAGACGGAGAGGGAGAUGGUGAAGGACAUGUUUUGAAUAGGCUGAUGGGCUUGAAGAGUCGAUCUCGACAGAAUCCGAAGAGGAAAGCCGGUAUUCAGGAGGUUGACGAGGGUUGA